AUGGCGCAGCAAGGAAUUCAUCUGGAGAAGGAUCUACUCUGCUGUCCCAUCUGUUUGGAUCCGAUGAAGGAUCCGGUAACUAUUCCUUGUGGACACAGCUACUGCAUGAGAUGUAUUGGAAACUACUGGGAUGAAGAGGAGCAGAGGGAAUCCCACAGUUGUCCUCAGUGCAGACACACUUUCAGUCCGAGGCCUGUCCUGGUGAAGAACACGUUGCUGGCUGAUUUGGUGGAGGGAAAGAAGAAAUCAGGAGUCCAAGCUACUCCGGCUGAUCACGGCUCUGUAGACCCUGGAGACGUGUCCUGUGAUUUCUGCACCGAGAGAAAGCUGAAAGCUGUGAAGUCUUGUCUGCAGUGUCUGGUCUCUUACUGCGGGCAGCACCUCCAGUCUCACUACGAUGUUGCUGCGCUCAAAAAGCACAAGCUGGUCGACCCAUCGAAGGAGCUUCUGGAGAACAUCUGCUCUCGUCACAAUGAGGUGAUGAAGAUUUUCUGUCGCACCGAUAACACGUGUAUCUGUUAUCUGUGCUCCAUGGAUGAACACAGAGGCCAUGACACAGUCACAGCUGCAGCACAAGUGAGUCAUAAGCAGAGAGAGCUCAAGGCUGAUCAGGGGAAAGUCCAGCAGCGGAUCCUGGAGAGAACCAGAGACAUUAAGAUGCUGCAGCACCAGGUGGAGGCCAUCAACCAAUCAGCUGAUGAGGCUGUCCGACGCUGCGAAGAGAUCUUCACUGAAGUGAGCCAGCAGAUCAGAUCUCGCCAAAAAACCGAACUGACGUAUGUUUGUGAGCUUCAAGAGAGGCUGGAAGGGGAGAUGGAUGAGCUGAGAAGGAGGAACACAGAGCUGGAGCAGCUCUCACAAACAGACGACCACAUUCAGUUUCUACACCGCUGCAGCUUGAUGUCGCAUCAGGGUGAAGCUGCAAACUCAUCCAACAUCAGCAUCCUUCCACUGAGCUUCACUGAGGAUGUGGAAACAGCUGUUUCUGAGGCCAAAGGGAAACUACAGGAUACUGUCAGUGAAGAAUGGCCCAAAACCCCACUAACGGUAACUGAGGAGGAUGGUUUGCUCCCACAAGCAGAACCCAAGACUAGAGAGGAAUUCUUUAAAUAUGUGUGUCCCAUCACCUUAGAUAUGACCACUGCAAGCAAUCAUCUCAGGCUCAGUGAUCUCUUAGAAGUAGAAUGUUGUUAUCAUGCACGUAAUGCCCUUGUUCACCCAGACCAAUUCACUGACUGGUGUCAAAUCUUGUGUAGAGAACAUCUCACUGGACGUUGUUACUGGGAGGUGAAGUUGGGCGACAGUGAAGGUUUCAUAGCGGUUGCAUACAAGACCAUUAGCAGAAAAGGCCAUGAAAGUGCAUUUGGAAACAAUAACAAAUCCUGGGCGUUGCAGUGUUUUCCUGAUGGGUACGAGUUCAGACACAACAACACCCGCAUUCCCAUCACAGGUCCUCAGUCCCAGAGGAUAGGAGUCUAUCUGGAUCACACUGCAGGCAUCCUGGCCUUCUACAGCGUCUCUGACACCAUGACGCUCCUCCACAGAGUUCAGACCACAUUCACUCAGCCGCUCUGUCCCGGCGUCGGUAUUCAUAGCCAUGGAGACACUGCUGAGUUUUUCUGCACACCAGAUGACAUAGAAGACGACUACAACCUUAAAAUACAACACACAUCUGACAACACUUGUCUGGUUGCAUCCAUGCACCACGCUCAGAUACACAAUGUCACAUUGGCUUCAACAGAAUAUAUUUAG